AUGCUCAGUGACAAUAAGCACAAGACCGUCGCCCUCUCCUUGCUCUGUGCUCUGCCCAACGCCACAGCUUCGGACCUGAAAGAGGAUCCUGUACGCAUCUCCGAAAUCAACUUCAAGGCUCGUCCCGAGAGCUAUGCGGGAGUCGUCUUAGUUGGCGGGCCCCAUGAACGCGGCUUAAUCUACGGGAAAACAUUCGCCAAAAAGAUCAAGCUGAAUGUUGACCACACCCUGAAACAUGGCGGCCUCCCGGCCUGGGAUAUCUGCUGGAGAAUCGUUAAGCAGGUCUACCUGCCAUCUCUGAGAAGGCUAUGGCCCAGCGGGCUACAGGAACUCAUGGGCAUGUCUGCAGGCGCAAAUUUGAGAGUGGAGAAACUGAUCAUGCUCAACGCGAGGGAUGAUCUUGCCACCAUCAACCAUCUCCUUCAAGACACGUCCAGCCAACGGUCCGCCGUCUUAGGUGAGGCAGAAGCCAUGGAUGAAACAUUCAGCGUAUCGUUCGCCCGGGCCACACAAGAGGAUGAAGUGAUCGCCGUCCAGUCCUGGAACUCGUCAAGACCACUUCACGACAAGAAUCUGAUCGUCUAUCUCGAGAUACACCACGAACCAUCGGAAGCGUUGCCGGUCAUUUUUACCGUGACCGAGGCGGGUCUGCUCGCGGGAAGCGGCAUGAAUUCUUCCGGGAUUUCACUGACGUCCAACAGGCUCUUCUCAAGCGCAGAUUUCGUCCCGGAGCCGGGGGGUUCCUACCUCCCUUCGAUGUGCCAGCAAAGGAUCCUGCUCGCAUGCUCGUCUACCAAGAUGGCAUAUCCACUCUGCCAGAUCCUUGCCAGACACUGCUCUAGGCACUUUCUUAUCUCAGAUCGCCACGGGCCGCCAGUAUCCCUUGAGAUCGCGCCCAAGAAUAUCUUCCUCCACCGCGAUGGGUUUGACAGGAGUGUCCUGUUGCACACAAAUCACUUUCAGUCAUUUGAAGCAUUUCUGGCGCGCCAAAAAGUAGCGGACCGUUAUCAGGGGCGUAGCAGCUAUUGGAAUCUAUCCCGUCUGCGAAGCCUCCUUGGCCCGAGGAAGGGCCAGAAAUUCACGAUGCCAGAUGUCGUACGCAUCUUCUCGGACCAUGCGGAUUCUCUGGGCACUAUAUGCCAACGCACUACUAGCCACAAGACGACAGCGUUAUUUGUCAUUUACAACCUGACGCGGAGGAUGAUCUCGAUAUGCAAAGGCCCGCCACAAGAGAACCGGAUGAUUCACUUUACGUUUGACGAUGACGGGCAUGGACUGCUGGGACUUCCUUUACCAGGAAUUUUAGAAGAAGGUCCGCCCAGCAGAAAGCACCGGAGGACAAGCUCAGCCGGAUCAAGUGUUUCGACAGCAAGCCCAGUGUCGUCCGUGUCCUCCGCUCCGCCCCUGGAUGAGGGAAUUGGGAUAGUGGAUUCUGCCGACGAGGAGGAUUAA